AUGGAGUUGUACGGUCGAAGCCCCGCCAGAAAUGGGUCGAACCAGGAGUGGAGUCCGGGCGCCGGCGAGACUGGCCUCGAAGAACAAAUGUGGCAAUUGGGGCUGACGAGCAGCGAAUCGUACCCGGAGCGACCCGGCGUUCCCAACUGUGUCUACUACAUGCGGACCGGGUUCUGUGGAUACGGUAUUCGGUGCCGUUACAACCAUCCUCGUGAUCGUGCUGCGGUUGUGGCAGCUGUAAGAGCUACAGGGGACUACCCAGAGCGAGUGGGGGAACCUAUAUGUCAGUAUUAUUUAAAGACUGGGACCUGUAAAUUUGGUGCGUCCUGCAAGUUCCACCAUCCAAAACAUGGAGGUGGAUCCCUGAGCCGAGCUCCCCUGAAUAUUUAUGGAUUACCAUUACGACCGGGCGAGAAUGAAUGCUCCUACUAUUUGAAAACGGGGCAAUGCAAAUUUGGCAUAACCUGUAAAUUCCAUCACCCACAACCUGCUGGAACAACAAUACCUUCUUCUGCACCUCAGUUUUAUCCAUCGGUGCAGUCUCCUUCUGUUCCUAUGGCAGAGCAGUUUGGAGGGGCAUCCACCAGUUUGAGGGUGCCUAGGCCUCCACUAUUACCUGGUUCAUAUGUGCAAGGGACUUAUGGUCCUGUCUUGAUUUCUCCAGGAGUUGUUCCUAUUCAGGGUUGGAGUCCUUAUUCGGCACCUCUUAGCCCUGUACUGUCUCCCGGAGCCCAACCCACAGUUGGAGCAACUUCUUUAUAUGGAGUGACACAGUUAUCUUCUCCAACACAUGGACUUGCAAGACCUUAUACCUCCGUACCCUCUGCUGUUGGUCCUUCUAGCAGCAGCCCAAGUGAACAAGUUUUCCCAGAGAGGCCUGGCGAACCUGAAUGCCAGUACUAUCUGAAAACUGGGGACUGUAAAUAUGGACCAUCUUGUAGGUAUCAUCAUCCACGGGAUAGGGUCGUACCAAGGACAAAUUGUCUCCUUAGUCCAAUUGGUCUUCCACUUCGUCCGGGAGUGCAACCUUGUACAUUCUACCUGCAAAAUGGUCACUGCAAGUUUGGAUCUACAUGCAAGUUCGAUCAUCCAAUAGGGACCAUGAGGUACAAUCCCUCAGCUUCAUCUCUGGUUGAUAUGCCUGUUACUCCAUACCCAGUUGGGUCUUUGCUGGCUACCCUGGCUCCUUCAUCCUCGUCAACUGACCUUCGGCCGGAAUUAAUUUCAACUUCCAAAAAAGAUACUUAUUCAACUAGAGUGCCUUCUUCUGGGAACACCUCAAGCAGUUCAGUUGGAUUGAUUUUUUCUCAGAGUGGAUCGGUUUCACUAUCUGAUGUGCAACACACCAGUCAGACUUCUGUCCCUUUAAGCAGUAGCAGAAGCACGAGACAAGGUGGUGAGGUUCGUCGUUCAAGUUAA